CUCUCAGUCAGCAACAUUAAUGGGGCCAUGAGGCAUCCUGCUCAUGUCCUCCGUGCUUAGGUAAAGGGGUAUUAGACGGCAGUAAUGCUGGGAAGUCUGUGUGCUCUGUCUGCUGUGUAGUCGGGGGGAUCGACAUGGGGAGCACCAGCAAGAUGGUCAACUUGUGGAACAGGAGACAAAGUCUGUUCCCCAAUUACAAAGUCAGUGACACAGAUCGAAGACCUUCAGAGGUAGUUUAUCCAUUAGCCAAAGAAAGCUGUGUGAAGACAUGGAACUCCAUGCAGGAGCUGAGCAGGGACAUCUACGACAUUUAUGCAGAGUAUGAAGAUGACGAGGAUGACUACCCUCCAUUCAGCCUCUCCAAACAGAUGUCACCCUCCAAGAAGAACUAUGUAAUUAACAUCAAUGUUGGAGGGAAGCCCUAUAAGAUAGCCUACAAGAUGGCUGCCAAGUACCCCAAGACUAGAAUAGGACGCCUGGCCACCUACACCGACCACAACCUGAAGCUGGACCUGUGUGAUGAUUACAUUGUGACCAGCAAUGAGUAUUUUUUUGACAGGGAUCCGGACGUCUUCCACAGCAUCUUCAACUUCUACAGGACUGGUGUGUUGUGGAUCAGAGAUGAGUUAUGUCCCCGUAACUUCCUGGAGGAAAUCAACUACUGGGGUGUGAGGAUUAAGAACACCCACCGCUGCUGCCGCAUCUCCUUUGAGGAGAGGCAGGACGAGCUGAACGACCAACUGAAAAUCCAGAGGGAGCUGGAGGCCGAGGUGGAGAUCGAGGAGAAUGAGGAACUCUUCCAAGACAUGUUCAUGGGUCAUAGGAGACGAGCUAUUUGGAAUUUAAUGGAGAAGCCAUUUUCAUCUGUCAAGGCCAAGCUGAUGGCGGUGGCCUCCAGCCUGUUUGUCCUGAUCUCUCUGGUGGCCAUGACCCUCAACACUGUGGAGGAGAUGCAGUACAGAACUGCCACAGGUCAGCUCAGCGGUAAAACAUACUGGGAAUACGUAGAGUCCAUGUGCAUUGCUUUCUUCACCAUGGAGUUUGUGCUCCGUCUGGUGUCCACUCCUGACCUCAGAUCCUUCAGCAGGAGUGUGCUAAACACCGUGGACCUGAUUGCCAUCCUCCCUCAGUACCUACAGGCCAUCCUGGAGUUUUUUGAUAGUGAUGAGAACUAUGUGAAACAUGAGGCUGACAUGCAGGCAGUGGGGCAGGUGGGAAAGUUAGGGCAAGUUCUGCGGAUCAUGAGACUAAUGCGUAUAUUUCGUAUCCUGAAGCUGGCACGACACUCCACAGGUCUGAGGGCGUUCGGCUUCACUCUGCGGCAGUGCUACCAACAAGUGGGCUGCCUCUUCCUCUUCAUCGCCAUGGGAAUCUUCAGCUUCUCUGCUAUGGUUUACACUGUGGAGCAUGACAUGCCACGCACAAACUUCACCAGCAUUCCUCAUGCAUGGUGGUGGGCAGCGGUCAGCAUCUCCACUGUGGGCUACGGAGACGUCUACCCAGAGACCGUACUGGGCCGAAUCUUCGCUUUCAUCUGCAUCGCUUUUGGAAUUAUCCUCAAUGGCCUGCCCAUUUCCAUCCUCUUCAACAAAUUCUCUGAUUAUUACUCUAAACUCAAGUCCAAUCAGUACACUGCCUCUCUGAAGAAACGAGGGAAGAUUAGAUUCGCCAAGAGGACACUCCAAUCACUCAACCAGAUCUUUGGAAAGCGGCAAUGUCACCCAAACUGAUAUUUUUUUUGUCACUGUUUGUUUUACAUAUAACUCUGUUGCAUGUGUGUUUGCAAAAUUAUGUAAAAAUUCAUGUGAUUAUGUUGCAGGGGUGGAGCAGUUAAAGCUGCUGCUGUGGAUCAUAUGAAGCAAUGCAUUGCUGUAAAUUAUGAAUGAGAAGGUUUUGACUGUUUGGUCAUGAUGCGUUUACAAAGUUGGGUGUUUUAUGGUCAGUUCUGUGUGAAAUGAACCAGGGAGAUCUGGGAUUAAAACAGGUCUUGUUUUUGUA